CUAAGCCAAAGGCAGAGGCCUUAACCCGCUGAGCCACCCAGGGUGCCCCUCUUCUUCAGAUUUUAGUAAAUAAUCUCUACACCCAAGGAGGGGCUCGAGCUUACAACACCGAGGUCAAGAGUCACAUGUUCUGCAGACGGAGCCAACCGGGCGCCCCUGGAAGUUCUUUCUGGACACAGCCAAGAGAUGCAGCAUCUGCACACAGUAAUUUCAUGCUCCCAAAAUGGGACACAAAGUGGUCGUGUUCGACAUUUCUGUCAUCAGAGCCUUGUGGGAGACGCGCGUCAAGAAGCACAAAGCUUGGCAGAAGAAGGAGACAGAAAGGCUCGAGAAAAGUGCAUUGGAAAAGAUAAAGGAGGAGUGGAACUUCGUGGCCGAGUGCAGGAGGAAAGGCAUCCCCCAGGCUACAUACUGCAAGAAUGGCUUCGUAGACACCAGCGUGAGGCUUCUGGAAAAGAUCGAAAGGAACACUUACGCGAGGCAGAGUUCGCUUUCCAAGGAGAGAGACAAACGGAGGAGUCCGUUUGUGUUGGAGCUUUCAGGGGAGCAGUGGACGGAGCUGCCGGAUUCACUGAAGGAGCAGACGCACUUGCAAGAAUGGCACAUCACUAAUACCCUGAUUCAAAUCAUUCCUACCUACAUUGAGCUGUUUCAAGCGAUGAGAAUUCUAGAUCUGCCAAAAAACCAAAUCUCCCGUCUUCCGGCUGAAAUUGGUCGCUUGAAGAAUCUGAAAGAACUCAAUGUGAGCUUCAACCUUCUGAGAAGCAUCCCUCCAGAAUUGGGGGACUGUGAAAAUCUAGAGAAACUGGAUUGUUCUGGAAACCUAGAAUUAACGGAGCUCCCCUUUGAAUUAAGUAACUUGAAGCAAGUUACAUUUGUAGAUAUCUCAGCAAACAAGUUUGCCAGUGUCCCGAUCUGUGUCCUGAGGAUGUGUAAUUUGCAGUGGUUGGAUAUCAGCAACAAUAUCCUGAAUGACCUGCCCCAAGAUAUAGACAGGCUAGAAGAACUGCAGACUUUUCUCUUGUAUAAGAACAAGCUGACCUAUCUUCCUUAUGCCUUGCUUAACCUAAAGAAGCUCACCUUGCUAGUCGUCAGUGGGGACCAUUUGGUGGAGUUCCCGACUGCCCUGUGUGACUCAUCCACACCUUUAAAAUUUGUAAGCCUUAUGGACAAUCCUCUUGAUAAUACCCAGUGUCAAGAUGGCGUUGAAGUGAUGGAAAGUGAACGAGAUCGUCAAUGCUUUGAUAAAGAAUUUUUGAAAGCCUAUCUUGAAGAUGUUAAAGAAAGAGAAUCUGUUCCCAGCUAUACCACCAAAGUAUCUUUUAGCCUUCAGCUUUGAUACCAUCCAUCAGAAGACUGCAGAAUCUCCCUGUGCUGCUGAGCUAUAAAUCUUGGUGUCCUCGAAUAAUGGUUUGCGCUUAAGGACAAAGUCUAGAAACCACAGUCCUAGUUAGGAAAAAUGAUUUUCAGAUUUCACAUUUGUGAAUACUUCUCUCAGUGGACUGGAGAAUUGAUAAAUGGGUUUAUAUAUAAAGGUUCAUUUACAUAUACCUUUUUUUUCCCAAAUAAUGCACCUUUAAUAUUUUAGAAAAUGUGUUAUUUUUUUUAAAUUAAAACCUAGAGACCAAAAUCUGAAGUUGAUUGCACUGUUUUUAGGAAUCCAGGGAUAAAGGGGUUGUAAAAAGAGUAUUUAUAUGGGACUAGCCAAAUGAGAUUUUAUUUUGAAAGAGUUUUAAUGAAUUAUUUCUUUUAUUGAGAAAAGCUUCCCUUGGAUUAAUACAAAUUGCUAUUUUCAUAUGUUUUAAUUGUAUUUUCUAAGUGUAGGGUCUUAGGAAACACUUUAAGUAUAAUUUGGGCAUUGAAGGUAGAAAGAAGGGCUGGAUUGUCUGCUCUUGUAUUGGGCACAGGACACUCAGAUGGUGCGCUGGUGGUUUUCACAGAGGCGUUGUGGUCCUGGCUGGUCCUGGGAAGACUUACAUGAUCUACAUGGAUGGUCUUCUUAUCCUGAGUGGGUACUUCAUGGGUCUCAGGACAUACCUUAGAACAGGGAGCAGAGACAGCACCCUCAGGGACCCCUCCUCCAAGGUGGCUGUGCAAGGUAGCAGGGAUGACUAGUCUGUACCAGUGAGGACGCCCUAGCAAAACUUCCUGACAGGUGCCACAGGAGGCUCUGCCCAGGCCAUCAUGCUGCAGCCCACAGGGAGCUCAUGAGACUGUUUUUUGUUGGCAAAGAUGGGAGUCAUGAUAGGGCUUUGGACUCCUACAUCAUAUCAUCUGAUUUGGAGAGAAAUUGUACAAAUAUUUAUUCUUAUACCACUGUUUUAGGCUAGAGGAAACAGGAUUGUAAGUAGAAGAUAAGUCUUAAUGAACAGUUUCUGUGAUUAAGAAAGAAAAAGUGCAUAUAUUCACGUUUAUUCCUAUAUGAAUUGACUCCCACAUGGUCUAAUUCAGUGCCAUCCAGUAGAAUUUUCUGCAGUGAUGGAAAUGUUCUGUAUCUGCACUGUCCAGAUGUAGUGACCACCAGACAUACAUGCUUUUUGACUAAUUGGAUAAUGACUGAUAUAACUGAAGAACUUUUAAUUAAUUAAGGAUUUUUUUUUAGAUUUUAUUUAUUUAUUUGACAGAGAGAGAUCACAAGUAGGCAGAGAGGCAGGCAGAGAGAGAGAGGAGGAAGCAGGCUCCCUGCUGAGUGGAGAGCCCGAUGCGGGGCUCGAUCUCAGGACCCCAGGAUCAUGACCUGAGCUGAAGGCAGAGGCUUUAACCCUCUGAGCCACCCAGGUGCCCCUAAUUAAGGAUUUUUAAUUAAAUUUAAAUUUGGAUUGCCACAGGGGGGUGCCAUACUGGACACAUAAGUCCAGACAGUUGGGUUUUGGGGGAAGAAACGAAGGGUGUUUUUUUUUCUUUUAUCUGAACAACAAUCUGCCCCAAAGGGGCCACUAUUGACACCCUCCAUAUUUUGUCUUGGUAGAUUUAAUCAUAAUUCCCAGUGUUUUGUCCUCAGCAGAUGCAAACCAAGCAGAGCAUUCUAAAACCAUAUGGUAGUGCUUCAGCAGAGGAUUGCCUCAAGUUAUAAACAAACUCUGAGAAGUAGGUUAAGAGAUGAAAAGAGUAGGAAGAUGAGAAAUCACUUCAGCUGAACCUCCAACAAUUGUAUUCUUUCAAGUCUUCAAAAAUGGCAUUGAAAUUUAUUAGUUGUAUUACUUAAGUGAUUUUGAAAUUUCAUUUCAUGCCAAUGUAUACAUUAUAUUUAGCCAAAUGGAAAAUGAAUCUUAAAAAGGGACAAAUAGGGGCUUUCACAUAAGUUGUCCAUGACCUAUGUAAAACUUAUUUUAAUAAAACCAGUCUUUUGUGCAAAAACUCUGUAUUGGUGCUACAUUUCCUUCCUAAACAAAGGAAAAGGUAUUGCACCAAUACAUCAUUAUUUCAUGUCAUAUAAUAUCCCAUACCAAUAUAUUAUUGGAAUAUAAUGUGUGUAGAGAUACUAUUUAAUUUAUUCACGUAUGUGUAAAAAUGCAGCAAGAUUAUAAGGCAUCCUAGUGGCAAUAUCAUAGAUAUUUGAAAAUUUUACACGGUACAUAGGGACUGAUUCAUAAUUUGGAAAAGGAAUUUCCAUAGUGGGAUAUAUGUGUGAGCAUUACAGCAAUAUGAAUAAAAUGUCAUUCCUAGGAGAAAAAGGUUCUGUUCCCAAAAGCUUAUUAUUACACCCAUUUUUCAGACGUCUGACAUUGAGGGGCAGAGACACUUAGGUGAAAUCAUCGACUAGUGCAUUUUAAUCACCAGUAAGAACCACACCACAUUUCUUGACUGGAGGUUUCUAGAAUGACCAAGAAGUGCGCUUGCCAAACACCAGUUUAGAGUAACUUUUUUUUUUUUUUUUU